CGGCGCGGCGGCGUCAAGCGCAUCUCCGGCCUCAUCUACGAGGAGACCCGCGGGGUGCUCAAGGUGUUCCUGGAGAACGUGAUCCGGGACGCCGUCACCUACACGGAGCACGCCAAGCGCAAGACGGUCACGGCCAUGGACGUGGUCUACGCGCUCAAGCGCCAGGGCCGCACUCUCUACGGCUUCGGCGGCUAAGAAUUUUUUUUCUGCCAAGAACGGAGUUUCUAACAAAGGCCCUUUUCAGGGCCACCUACCAUAUCAGUCAGAAGAGUUGCUCACUCUGGACUGUUUUGUUUCCCUUUGGGCUCUUUUGCUUAGUCUGCAGGCAGCUUUUUAUGGAAGAGUAAGUCCUGGACUUGAAAUAGACGUGUUCCUUGUGUGUCAGUGAUUUUUAGGGUCAGGUUUUAAUUUCUGAGCCUUCCAGAACCAUCUAUUGUACUCUGGGCCACUUGGCUCUUGUGAGGUUAUGUGCCUUUAAACUGAGCAGUCCGCUUCUGCUGUAAGCCUGGUGUCCGGUCUGUCUGCAUUGCUACUGUAUCCAUCUGUGUAAUAAUCUAACCAUUACGCAGUGGCUUUUCUCCCCAGAAGUUCGGCUCUGACCAAUGGGCCCAGAAUGAGUCAGAAGUCACUCCCAGGUUUGGGCUUAAAAACUUUAGGCCGUCUUAUCUGGUAAGAAGGUGCUGAACUUGGCUGAUGGCAAAUGGCAAAACAAGGACUUGAAGGAAAAAUAGUCCCGGAUUGAUCAGCAAGCUGGGUUAAUCACGGCAGAUCAGUCCUGCGAGAAACGAAUGUCUUAAGGCUAAUUUAUUGUGGAGUCUGUUCUAGCCGCUUAACUUUACAAACUAAAUACAGUUUUGUUUUCCCAA